AUGGCAAAGCGACGCAACGAGAACGGACAGAUGCGCCGCGAGGAGUACGAAGCUGCAGAAGACGGAGCAAGCGCCGACUCCUUUGACGUCGGCUUCCAGCGCGCGAGCGAGGAAUCGAUCCGCAAGCGCAAGAUCGUUAAAGCGCGCGGGGGGAGUCGCCCGUCUGCAGCAGCUACUGCCAGGGCGUGUGAAGCGGAAAAAGACACGGUCAAGAGCAAUGCGUUUGGAGGUUUCCAGGGACUCACGACUGCCAAAUCGGCUGUUGCCAACCCGUUUGCGGGGUUCUCUGGUCUAAGUGGAACGUCGUCUACACAGACUACGUUACGGACUGGUGGAGCUUGCAGUCGCGGUCAAGCUGCGGCGUCUUCGGGUUCACACCAGCAGGCAAUGGAGAAACUCAAUAAGGCUUUCCUGGGGUUUGUUAAUGGUCAAGUCGAGACUCACGCAAGUGUCAGUUGGGUGGAUGCUGUUCAGGAUUACUUGAAGUAUGCGGCUGAGAUUGAUACAAAGCACGCGACGACAAAGCCUGGCGCUGUUUCGGAGGCUAAGCAUGCAUCCACACCCGCACCCUUUUCGUUUGGUUUAACGGCACCUUCUGCCAUGAGCGCACAGCCUGCCGCGUCUACAUCGAGCGCGUCGCUUCCCUUUGGUGAGAGUAGCGCUGCUGCUACUAAGAAGGACGACUCGACGAAAGCUCUGACAAGUACUGGGUUCGCGUUCGGCGGUGCCAUCACGAAGGAGGACAAACCUGCGGUGUCGAUACCGAAGGAGGUUUCGAGUAGUAGUGGUGGCAGCAGCUCUCUUUUUUCUGCCCAGUCUUCAGCUAGAGAGGAGAAGACCACUCCUGCGUUCUCGUUCGGAGCAUUGACCAAGCCAGCGGUCCCUGUAGCCUCAUCUACUCCUGCCACGGGUGGAUUCGUAUUCGGCAACGUGACUGGUGCCACAAGCGCUGCGUCUGUCUCGAGUGGUGGAUUAAGCUUCGGACUGUCAGCCCCAGCAGCUUCAACGUCUACUUCUGCAACCGUGGAAGAAGAAAACGAGGAAAACAUAGGACGUGAGGAGGCUACGGUCAUUAUCAAGGCUGACUCUCCUGACGAUGAUUGCACGUUCGAAGCUGACAAGGCGAAAAUCUUCGAGUUUAAGAAGGACGAGAAACGCUGGGCAGACAAAGGCGUGCACCCUCUCAAGGUGCUCGUCAGCAAGGACUCAAAGAGUGCGCGAAUACUGGCCCGCAGCGCGAUUGGCAAAGUCGUGCUGAACUCGGCGCUGUACAAGGGCAUGUCUGUACAGCCGCAUACGGAGACGACGGGAAAGAAGACGGGAGUGUCGCUGGCGCUGCAGGGUGACAGCAGCGACCUGACGCGAUUUUUGAUCAAGGUGAAUGCCGCGCGUGUCGAUGAACUAGUCAAGGCUCUCGAGGUAGCAGUGGCGUCGCUGUAG